CCCAUUCUGUGUAAAUGAAAAUGCAAGGCUAUAUUUGGACAGGGCUGAUGUCACAAGUGGUUUGAGCGAUAAGCCUAUAACUGUUGGAGUCGGUUUGUGUGACAGUCUGACAAACCCUGGACUGCUCCAGAGACAGACUGGGAUCUGCUGGCUACUGGCUGACACAACAGAAAGUAAUCCCUACACAAUGUAUCACCUGAGGGUGCUUCUCCUCACACUGCUUGUGUUGCUGCGCUGCGUUACCGCUGCCCCAAGCUACAGGUACUUCAGUCCCAGCUCAUCCAGCGAGCGGGAAAGUGCUCCCCUAGACCGUGACGGCUGGUUAGCUCCUGGGCUAAUCUCCAACCCAUUCCUCGGCCUCAUGGGUACACGGCCGCAGAGGGGGCUCACAGCUAUGAACAGCCACCACAUAGACAAGAGGAAGUGCAACACAGCCACCUGUGUCACCCAAAGGCUAUCAGACUUCCUGGUCCGCUCCAGUAACACUAUCGGUACCGUCUACGCCCCAACCAACGUGGGAUCGGCCACCUACGGCAAGAGGGACCUACUGCCGCCUCCCAGCUACCUGCCUCUCUAAUAUCGACUGAGGAACCUCCACCAGCACUCCCAGUGCUCUGAUGAUAUAACCACACAUCUUAUGUAACAAUGAUUGUGAGAAUGAAGUUACUAACGGUGGUGGUGAUGAUGAUUACGAACUGAGUUUUCUUGUUUAUUUUAUAAACUUUAAGAAACAGUGCCUUUAAUUUAAACCAUCAAAGUCAAUAUAUGUUUGUUUUUUUCUGGCUUUGUGUGUGCUGUAAUGCUGUUCCACAAUGGCAUGAUGUGACUAUAACAACAAGUAAAUAAUAAAAGAAUAAAUAAAAGAAAAAAGACAUAGAGCCAUAUGAGAUAAAUGUUAUCUGUUGAUUUUGAUAAUAAAGUUGUGAAAAUAUAUUUUUGAAAA